UGUUUUUUUAAUCUAGAAAUUAAUUGUUACUUAACUAUUUGCUUAACCCCUUUUUGUCUUAGUGCUCUCCAAAAGAAGAUUCUGGAAGCCAAACGUGGGCGUUUUAUGGAGAAAGAUAGACGUAUUCUGGAGGAACUUAAGGGUCUUCAUUGUGAACCACAUCCCUACAUUAAUAUCUUUCCAUCAGAAUCUGACUUCACUUUCUGGAAGAUUCUCAUGGAGGGUCCCCCUGAAAAGGGAACAUUUGAGCUGUAUUGCCAAUUUGGUCCUGACUACCCAGUAAAGCCUCCAACAGUUCGCUUUGUGACCCAUAUAUACCACUGCAACAUUAAUAAUGUGGGACGGAUCUGUCACAACAUAUUUGAUCGGAACUACAAUGCUCAAAUCACAAUGAGAGAAAUUCUUGAAGCUGUGUUUGGCCUGCUGAUUGCUCCUGAGCCAGAGGACCCAUUGGACAGCAUUCUGGCAGAGGAAUACCUGAGCAAUAAAGAGUUUUAUGAACAAGAAGCCAGAAAACAAACACAGGAAACUGCAGCAGAACCACUGGAGGUUAUGGAGAAGAAACUAGUGGAGGAGCAGGAGAAGCAGUUUAUACCUCAACAUCUCAUCUGUCCACUCACCAAGAGGAUAUUUUAUGAUCCAGUAAAAACAAAGUAUAGAGCAGUUUAUGAACGAAAGGCCAUUGAAGAUCAUCUGAAAGAGAGCCAAUGGGAUCCAUUUGCUGAACCUACGAUCCCUCUCAAACUAACUGAUCUAAAGCCAGACCAAGAAAUGAAGUCCAUGGUGAAAGAUUAUCGUACACAACAAAUUAAUGGACAAUUCUAG